UUUCCUAUUACGAUGAUACCUUAUCUGUGGCUUCAACACUACUGCAUAAAUGCAAAAUGUCAAAAAAAUUACACACGACACACGGUUUUUUGAUAAUGUUGAGUGAUUGUUCAGCAAGCUAACGCAAACAAAUUUAGACAACACAAUGACUGAGGACCAAGAUGCCAAGGAUUCGCAAUCAGAUUCAGGCAACAAGGCUUUCGCCAAUAAGAACAAGGACAGGAAGACGAAGGCUCAACGGCCUUUGAUCAAAAUAAUCCUUAGGCGUUUGCCGCCCACCAUGACGGAGGAAUCGUUUAUGGAACAAGUGUCUCCUAUACCAGAACACGACUAUUUUUACUUUGCAAGACCUGAUCCUUCGCUGGGGAAUAACCUUUACUCCAGAGCUUAUAUAAACUUUGUAAAUGUUGAUGAUAUUUUCUUGUUCAAAGAUAAAUUUGAUGGAUAUGUCUUUUUAGAUGACAAAGGUGUGGAGUAUGUGGGUAUUGUAGAAUAUGCCCCAUUUCAAAGAAUACCUAAAAAGAAGAAGAAGAAGGAUCCAAAAUGUGGUACCAUAGAGAGUGACCCAAUUUACCAGGAAUUUAUGGAAAACCUAACUAAAGAACCAGAGACAGAGAACCAACCAAAACUGGAGUAUGCUUACCCUGUCAAUGAUGCAAAUGACAAAAAGGUUCAAUCAACUCCAUUGCUUGAAUACCUUGCGGCUCGUAAGCAAGACAAACGCGGCAGAGACGAGCGCAGGCGACGCGAAAACGAUAAGAGGAAAAUGAGAAUCGAGAGAAAAACCAAAGACACCAUAAAAAGAUCCAGUGAUUUAUCAGAAGAUGAAAGUUUUAAUUAUAGUUCUGAAUAUCAUGAACAAAAACAAGAAUACUGUAAUAAUAAUUUUUGGUUUGGAGAACAAAGAGUAUACCAUAAAAGUAAAGUUCACAGUUCAUCUAGAAUUGAAUCUAAAUGUUUGCACAACAAUGACGAAUUUGUUACAAAUGAUUCUGACUGGGAUAGUCAUUUUCCAGCGUUGUGUAUGAAAACUCAUAACACUUUUACUCUGACAUCUGGAAAAUUGUGUGACAAAAAAGAAAUCCAGGAUGGCAGUCAAAAAAGUGGCGGCGAUACAUGCGAUAAGGAAGAAGAUAAUGGAGAGAAUGAAGUCAAAAAGAUUAAAUCAAGAGAAUGGGAAAAGGAAAAAAUUGAGACAAAAGAUGAACACGUAAAAUCAAAUAAUCAAGAUGGAUCUGUUUUUGAAUCUAAAACAUAUAGAGAACAGCGCAAAACAGGAUUGAAUGUGUUAGGUGAUAAGAAAAAGCGACUUGAGAAUGACAGAAAAGAUGGUUCAAUUAACGAUGAUCAAGGGGAAGAAUCGGAAGCUUUUAAAAGAGACAAGAGAGACAAAGUAAAGGAAUCUCCACGUGAACUGAAAAGUAAAAAAUAUAGUGACACCAGAAAAGAAAGAAUUAAACAAAAUGAAUUUGUUAAAUCCGAAAGACAAUCUGCAGUAAGUAAAAUUAUAGCUGAGAGUAAAGGGAAAACACUAAAUGAUGAUAUCAAACCAUUCACACAAUUACCGCAAGUGAAAACUGAUGAUCUGACAAAAUUAAUAGAAGGAAUGGACAAAAAGAUGAAAUUUGAAGAAGCAAAGAAUCAGGAAAAUUCUAAAGAUCACUCUGGAGACAAGGUAGAGAAUGAUGUGACAGGUGCUGUAAUCAGAAGAAGCAGUCUGGAAUCUAAUGAUGUAAAUGUAAAAGAGACCGCACUGAAGAGACAAACAUCUCUCGAUGACAGAAGUAAAUCUACUGAUAGAGAGGGUUCUGAGGAGAAGGAAAAAACUGAAGGUACAGACCAACGCACGGAACGCAGAAUUAGGAAUAAGGAUCGCCCAAGUUUGGUUAUAUACCAACCAGGCAUGGGGAAGUUUAGCAAACAGCGUCUUGCAAAGGAAAAGGAAACACACAUACCGGGCACGUCUAAAGGCGUGAAUGAUAGUGAAAAGAAGGACACCUGAAGCACUUGGCUCUCUUCCCCAAUGCUUGGAUUACAUUCAACGGAAUUUCCCUGAAGCUGGCAUUCAUGUCCACGCAGACAAAGUAGAAGAGGACAUCUGAAUGUGCCAACGGAAGGAACUACUGCUUGUGUUCACUCAAUACAGUUUUUUUUAUUGAUUUAUUUCAGUUGUGUAAUUUGUUUCACUUUGGAGAUGUUAACAAAAUCAAAUAGCAUUUUUUCUACCUUCAUAUUUUUAGCUUAUGACAACUUCGUUCAGUUUGUUAAUUUAAUUUAAAUAUAAUUCGUUGUUUUAAUGAGUU